UAUUGUUUUGGCACCUUUUCAGCGCACUUCACAUCUGGGGUACCACUUAACAGUAAGCCUCAGAACGUGAAUAAACAUGAUGUUAACGUUGCCAGGAGCUCGAAGAAUCUCUAUUUUCUAUUCACAAGACUAAACCGCACAACAGGCCAAUUGCUAACUCUGGACAAGGAUUGGAUCCUGGCGUCAAAUUUCAACGCCAGCUGGCCUACGGUGAUUGUCUGCCACGGAUACACCCAAAGCUUAAGCAGCGAGAUCAACCAGCUCAUCCGAGACGCUUAUCUAGAAAUCGGGGAUUUCAACGUUAUCAUCCUGGAUUGGAGCCACUUAGCCCAAGCCCUCUACGCGACCGCGAUUGCCUCCGUCCCGUCAGUAGGCCAAGACCUUGGCUCCCUACUUCUGUUCAUCCAUGAUGUAACCGCGACUCCUUUUGAGACCAUGCAUUUGGUCGGCUUUAGCCUUGGCGCUCACGUUGCUGGGAACGCUGGACGAUAUACGGGGGGCAGGGUUGGAAGGGUUACAGGAUUAGAUCCCGUCAGCCCAAUCUGGCUCAUAAACCGCAACCGCAUUGCUUCCACCGACGGUAUCUACGUCGAAUGCAUCCACACUUACGGCAACAACAGGGGUAUCGCCUGGGGAGACGUCGACUUCUACGUCAACGGUGGGGGCUCCCAGCCAGGCUGCGUUCUUUCCAUUUGCAGUCACAACCGAUCUUACCAGAUAUUUGCCGCGACUGUUAAGUAUAACCACUUGGUCGGAAGACGGUGUGGUAACCAAGAUGAAAUUGUGGCGGCGUUUUGCUCCGGUCCUGAACUACGUUUGGGCAAUAGUGACGUGUAUAAGUCUGGAUCUGGAUUAUAUUACGUCAGCGCUGGGAGAAGCUACCCAUAUUGA